AUGGAUCCACCACCACAUCUGAAUUACCCUGAAUCUAUCGAGUCUUCACCACGCUCCCACCAUGACAACACUUACGAUGAUCCUCUCCCUGCUGUUCCUGGUGCAAGGCUCCGCCUGAUGUGCAGCUUUGGUGGUCACAUAAUCCCCCGUCCCCAUGAUAAAUCUCUUUGCUACGUUGGUGGUGAGACUCGUAUCGUUGCUGUUGAUCGCCAUUGCUCGCUUUCAGCUCUUUGCACUCGUCUCUCCCGUGCACUUCUCAAUAGCCGAUCGUUUACCUUGAAGUACCAGCUUCCAAGUGAAGACCUUGACUCCCUUGUAACGGUUGCCACCGAUGAGGAUCUCGAGAACAUGGUCGAAGAGUAUGAUCGUUUGACAGCAUCGUCGGCUUCUUCAGUGACUUCAUCUAGGAUCCGUUUGUUUCUCUUCUUUAACAAGCCUGAAACUGCAGCCUCCAUGGGUCCACUUCUGAAUGAUGCCAAGUCGGAAACAUGGUUCGUUGAUGCACUUAAUGGUUCGGGCUUGGUUCCUAGAGGGGACUCGGAUACUGCCACCAUACAGACCUUGUUGAAUCUUGAUGGUGAAUUUGAGGUGGAAGGAGGAGAGGAACAGAAUAAACAAAUCAUGAACAAUAAUGUGGUUCAUGAAAUGCAGUGUUCGUUGCAAGAUGCACCGAUGGCAGAGAAAACUUCGUCGUUCGGUUCAUCUUCUUCUUCGCCUUCGAUGUCGAACUUGCCACCGAUUCGGGUUCGAGUGGAUCAGGAUGGAGGGCCUAAACUGCAGGACCAGAGGGUUGGCAUGGAAGAACAGUUUGCUCAGAUGAGUAUUGCUACUGAUGUCCAGAAGCAAGAUGAUUGCUAUGGGGCAGCAGCUGCAAUGUCGGCUCCGCCUUCGCAUCCGGUUCCUGUUGUGACAACAAUGGCCACUCGUGCAGGGGGGUCUAGUGACAACUUGAAUCGGAUUUUUUCCGAUGACGAGCGAUCCGAUCAGGGAGUGCCUGUUGGUUUCAGAAAGCCUCCAUUACCAUUGCAGCCAGUACAACAGAAACCUGGUGGCACUUAUAAUCUGCCUUCCCCUGAUUCAGUUGCAAGUGAUAGUAGCAUUGCUUCUGCAAAUUCACUCUCAAAGCCAAUGUAUUAUCAAGAUCCAACUUAUGUAGCAUCCAGAGAUAGCAGAACGGUUGCUAGUUCUAAUACCAAUGCAGAUACUUCAAUUCCAAACUCCCAAAUCCAAAUCCAAAUUCAACAGAUUCAGGAUUUCUACUCUUUAUCUUCACAACUGGAUCAACAACAGCAGCAACAGUUCCUGCAAGACAACAUACACUAUGUCCCUCACCAUACUCCAGCCGCUACUCCGAUGCCAAUGCCGUCGUACUAUCCGGUGUAUGCUCCACCUUUACAGAAACAGCUUCAUCAUCCAGCUGAUCAGCAAUACCCUGCAGUGUAUGUAAUGCAACCACAACCCUAUAUGUCCAUGCAAUCUAACACCGGUGUCAUGACUAUGAAAUCCAACGCAGCCGAUGCUAGCAUUAUGGCCCCGAGCCACCCAUUGGCAACGCAGACUCCUUCAAUGGCUUCUGUUUCCGCUGCUUACAAAGAGACCGUACCCCCCAUCUACCCCACCAGCACAACAACUAUUGCUAAACCUGAAUUGACAUCAACCGUGUAUAGAACUGCGGUUCCAUCGACUCAUCAAGUGGUACAAGUUCAGCAACCAUAUGUAGGCUUCUCCCAAAUGCAACAUCUACCACAAUCACCUGCUGUUACUAAUACUAAUUUCGUUUACGAGUAUCCAAAUCGUACACAAGAUCAAAUGUACUAUACUCAGCAUCAAGCUCCUCAACAGCCUCCGCAGUAUCAAACCUUGACUCCAGCUGCUGCCGCAGCUGCAUUGGCAGAUGCUUCAAAGCAGCUCCACAAUGAGAGUGGUAAUUAGCAAAUCAGGAUCUCACAGCCAUUAUAAGGUGAUUGAGUGGCGAAA